UUCAAAAUGGACUACUAUCAAAAUACUGGCGACAGGGCCAAGGAAGAACCCACAUUGUCCACCCACAGGCCCUACUCUACCCUUACCACCAUUCCUGCCCCGGCGAGUAUCGGAAAUAACUGCGUAAGUGUUAACACCGUUAUUACAUGCGCUCUGCCAUUCAGACAAUGGUAGCCGGCGCGUUGUAAACAACAAAAGCGACAUUUGUCGACUUGCCCGUUUCGGGACUGCGAGCACAGUAAUGGGCGACACGAGCAGCGCCCAUCGGACAGAGGAAGUGUUCCCGUGGCUGUUUCUUAAUACUGUUGUAUGUAACAUCAUGAUUCCACGAUGGCAAUAGACUGCACAAAGACUGGGGGACAACCUCCCUGUCGUCUGACAGUUGUGUGUUGCCAUGGAUACCCGUAGUCGCGGCGGUGACAAUGGAACGUGCACGCUGUACUAGUCAUUUCAUUUUGGAUCGCAGUGUUUAUCUUACGCGGAUAGGGGGCGGGUUAUCGAUUGUGCUGGUGUGAGUUUAUCGUACAGACCCGGUAGAUACACACAUGGCGAUUGACUUUACCAUGGGGUUAGUGAAUUUCUUCGUGUUGAUGUGAUUAGAAGGAUUCACGAAAUCACCUUGUCAAACAUAUCAGAGUCACUCGAUAACGGAAGUAAUUUCAUGCGGAAAACUUCGACGGAUUUCAACGACUGCAGUGAAUUAUUAAUCUUCAUACCCACCUAUAGACUGACGAGCCUACAUUCUAGUUUCAAGAUUAAAAGUGAUGUGAUGUGAACUAGCUUUGUGUUUUAAACAUGCGGUUAAGGAUUAGGCGAGCGUUCUAUACGCUUUCCGUCGUGAACCUGUUGGUAUUUUUGUUUUAUUUAUAUGGCCUCGCAUCAACAGUGCCGAAAGACACAGUUGAACAACUUGGACUUUUUAAGACACGAAAGGACGAAACGGUUAAACCAGCAACAACCACAACUGUUAGACCCGUUUCGGAUUCACUGCAAUUUGGAAACCGAUCUAGUCAAACUUGUCAACACGUCAAAAGACCCAUCGCCGUGCCCGAUCUUCAGCAAUUUCAAAAAGUUGGCCACAGUGAUGCUUUUUAUGUUUUCUCUGCAUUUUUUGACGAUGUGGUUGAAGCAUCCCCCAUCGUUCGACUGCUGGGCCUCUCCACAAGGGGAGGGGGUGGCCCCCUAUACUGCCAGCUAUGGUUCGAUGAUGCCACGGGACCAGAUUUUCUUGAAGUUCAAGUUCAGGUGCAAAGGAUACCAGAGGACCACGGUCGGAAAUACGGGGCUGUAUAUCUGAAGUGUACCGUACCACACAAGCGACGCCCAUAUGCUGUCUCAGUUGCAAGGCAAUCCUGCGAACCUCCAACGAACUAUCUGCCUGUCAUACAUUCUGAGAAGGCGUCUCAUGAAUUUACAGUUUGCGUGACGCCGUUCAAUUUUAAAUACAGUCGAGCGUACGAGCUGGUUGAAAUGGUAGAGUUCAACAAGCUGAUGGGCGCCGGAAUGGUGAUGUUUUACAACCAAAGCACAGGCAAAAACGUAGACGCUGUCCUCAAACACUACGGUGAAGAAGGAUCUGCAGAAGUAAUCCAGUGGCAUCUUCCAAUGAAGGUGGACACAUGGCCGCCAAGCGGCGCACCGGAAGUGCACUAUUUUGCGCAGCUUGCAGCCUUGAACGAUUGUGUGUACCGAAAUUUACACCGCUCAAAGUACCUGGUAUUCACAGACAUGGAUGAGUUCGUCAUCCCCAAGGCGGCAAAGAACUGGACGUCUAUGGUUCAGAAAAAGGUAGCUAAGAACCCAAACAUUGGUGCUUUCAUCAUAAGGUGUAACUUCUUCCGGAAAGAUUGGCCGCAGUACUCGAAGGACUUUGCCGGAAGGAGCGACGCGGAGAAAUACAAAUCCAUCCUGUUGUUGAAUGUGAUGAGAGAGAACAAGGCUUUCAACUACUUUCAACGUUCCAAGUAUAUUAUCGUGCCUUCUCGUGUGGAAACUGUGGGUAUCCACAACAUCUGGGCCCUGCGUCCAGGCUUUAUAACAGACCGGGUGUCCACAACUGAUGCCCUCCUCCAUCAUUACAGAAACUGGGAGAACCCGAAAGACAGCCUGACCAGAGUGGAGGACUUGGUCAUCCAUGGCUACAAGGACAAGCUGCUGGAGAGACUCCGCUAUACCUGGGGCAAAUUACCCGGGAUUGUAAUGGACAUACCUCUUUCAAACUAUAGCAAACCUGUAUAGAUUCGAAUGAACCUCUGUGGUUUGGACUAUACGGUCAUACCUCUACAGUAUUCCUGGGGCAAGUUACUCUGGGUUUGCAUCGAGUAUUCUGGUAUUCUAUAGCAAGUUGUAUGUCAGUUGACGAACAUUAUCCGGUCCAACCUAUAUGGACAUAUAUCUGUAGUGAUCCUAGGAAAAAUUACCCGGGUUGGUAUGACAAGCCUCUUUUGUAUUACCUGUUCAAAUUACCUCUUUGGUAUUUCUAGGGAAAAUACCCAGGGAUCGUACAGACAUACCUCUGUAGUAUUGUGUUGGCAUAUAGAUACCGCUUUGGUAUUCCUAUUCCCAUUGUUCGUAUGAACAUGUAUUCCUUAGUAUUCCAAGUAUUCCUUUGGGUAAUUUUUCCUCGGAUGUAUACACAUCUUAUAUAUUCCUAGGGCAGGAAAAAAUAAUUUGGGCUUGUAUGGAGAUACCUCUUUGGAGUCCCAAGUGCAAAAUAUCCCUUCUUUGUAAGGACGUAACAAUAUUUUAUUCCGAGAGUUAAUUUACCAGUGUUCGUUUGGACUCGCCCCUUUAGUAUUCCGAGGUCAAAAUACCUUGGGUUAGAAGGGACAUUCCAAUUUAGUAUUCCUGGUGCAACAAGGCCCGGGUUUGUAGGAUAUCUGUGGCAGAUACAUGGAGUUGGUAAAAACAGACGUUGUAAGUAUUUCCAGGGCUCAUCUAGUCAGUAUUACAAGGACAAAUUACCCUGGAUCGUAUGGACAUACCUGUGUCAAAGUAUGACAAGCUUGUGUACAUGCUAACGAGACCCUUGUUCUGCGAGACCCUUGUUCACUCGCAUUCGGGAAUUAUUCCUUCGUCUAAAAGACGACCGAAUCUCUCGUACAAGUUCCAAACUUUCUGUUAGUAAAUAAGUGUCAACUCCCGUAUAAGUGUCGUAAGUGGUGUUAAAGCAAGAUAUUACGAUCACCCAAGAGCUGCGCUUAGAUCGCUUCGAGAAUUGGUUGAUCUCGGCAAACUGACCGUAGCUCUAAAGCGAUCGUAACUCUCACACUUUAACAGACAUCUACAACAGGUACGAUCGGAGCUCAUAAUAAAUGUCAGGGCCCUGCCCCAAAGCGAUCUUCGCGCAAAGGCCAUCAUGUCCAAUACUUAACACAUGCUAAGGAAAAUCGUAGCACUAAGAUUGCUGUUUAGAACGUGGCCUAGGUCAUUAUAACGUCUGAGUGUAUACGCGAUGCGGGCUAAUAUUAGAGGAUAUACUGUACAUCUCUUCCUGGGAAUAGUUUGGAAAAACUGAAGGGGCAAAACUUUUCGACUAACUAACCUCUAAUAUAGGUAAAAUGAGAGUGAAAGUUAAAUUUUGGCGACAAGGUAGCCUGCUGGACAAUGUGUUUGCUUGUCUUGCACAUUUAGUCAGGUUCGAUUUCACUCAUGGAUACUUUGUGUGAAACCCAUUUCUGUUGGUCAUCUGGAACAUUGCUCUCUCACAACAGUGUAACCUUUCAACUCAAAAUCCUCGUAUAGUUUAAGACGACUUUACUGACAUGCCCGUGAUACCUUGGAUAAUAACGGCACCCCACUUGUCUCGAACUACUGAAGCUCGACAAGUUCGAUGGUCAAGAAGCGUUUUCAAAACCUGGUGUUCCACUGUUAAUGAAAGGUAUUCCUCUCGGUGACAAAUCUCACUGGAUGACGUGAGCUUCUUGUUUCUCUGAUUAUUAGAAACAACAUCAAAGUAUGGAAGUUUGAUAUGUUUCGAUACUGAUGAAAUGAGGGCGUGGUAUCACAUGUAAUCAUUAGUGUUAACCAAUCCAGAAAGACGUGACCGAACGGUUUACUUUCUUUGUAUUGUAAAUAUGUUCAGAGAAUAUAUUUUGGUCACUUAAGAAAACUCAGUUUCUUUGAAUGGGGUUUGUUUCACGGUACGUCAUUUAUUUAUAUUUGUUUACGGUGCCUUAUUUAUUUAUUUAUAUAUUUAUUUAUUUAAUUAGUUGUUUAUGUAUUUAUUUAUUGGUUAUUUUUAGUGCUACUUGGUACCUACGUAGAAAGAUAUAAGCUAUCUGUCUCAAAAAUGUGUCAGAGAGACAUGGUUUUACGAAACUUUGGGCAAUAUUCCGCGAAAUCACGGCUGAGGACACC